AUGGGAGCGUUCCUCAGUGCUGCGGAGAGGAAGAGUGCGCACAUAUCGAAUGCUGGCGGAAACAGCGUUGCCAGUUGUGGCACAUCGACGUUCUACUACAUCGGCCACGAGGCGUUCUAUGAUUGCAACAACGCCACAGAGACCUUCUACCUCGGAAAAAGCUACAGUGUUACUGAAAUUACUAUAGUCACCCUCUCCCCAUCAAGCACGUCCACAAUCGCCCAAUCCGAUUCUUCCGCGACUUCAGCGCCGCCUGAACCGACAGGAGAUACUAAAAGCGAUAAUACCCUCGGCGUGGGUCUCGAUGUAGGCCUAGGCGCGGGUAUUUCCCUCCUCAUUGGAGUCCUCGCAGCCUUUUGGUUCAUCCGUCGCCGACGGCGUAGAGCUUUGGCUGGGUCGUUCCCUAUGGAAGCGCCCAUCGCUUCAGGAUAA